AUGUUAUUUUGUCAUUUUCUCAUUAAAAAAUUGUUUCCUUUGUUCGUAAUAUUUAAUAUAAUAGAAGCUUCAUGUGUAAAAUAUUUUUUUAAAAGAUCCCUCUUUAUACUUCCAAAACAAACUUUAUUAUAUAAAAACAGUUUUAAUAUAAAUAAUAAUGAUAUUUUCAACCUUUCAACAUCUAAAAAUAGUAAAAUAUUGAGGUUAAGUCUGUUUAAUAAUUCUGAAACAACUGAAAAUCAAUUAACAACCAAUAAUCAUUCUUAUAACAAUGAACACCCUCAAUAUUUAACAGAUUCUUACAUUACUAACUCCCCUAAUGAUGUGUUAAGCUCAACUGAUGAAACUGCUGACACAUCUUUGAUAUCCUCACUAUGUUCAUACGACGAAAGCCCUCACUUAUUGAAACAAAUCAAAAGUAGGCUAGACCAUUGUGAAGUCUUGACAAAGAAGUUCAAAGUUAAUCCAUACCCUGAGGUUAAACCAUCAUCUGAUUAUUCCAGUUUUUCAAAGGUAAUCAGUGAAAAUGAGAGUUUAACAAACGGUGAGGAAGCUGAUAGGUUCUACAAAGUGUAUGGCAGAGUUGAAAGCGUUAGAUUCGAUGGUCAUUUCAUUGACAUUGUCAACAGUACUAAGGAUUUCGGUGAUUACGCAACUUCAGAUAUAACUUUGAAAGGGCUUAGAAAAGAUAACAAAUUACAAGUAAUGUUUAGACUAGAGGAACCAAUACUUGUUUAUCCGGGUAAUAAUAGUGGAGAUAAUCAAGAAAAUGAUACAAACAAUAAUAUAAGUGAAAACAAAAAUUACCAAUAUUCUUGUAAGGAUUUUGUUGAAUUAAUCGAUAUUGGAGAUGUUGUUGAGUUGUACGGUAAUGUGAAGAAGACUAAUCUAGGUGAAAUUUCAAUAAUUCCGAAAAGAAUAAAGUUCCUUUCAAAGUGUUUAAUACCGCCUCCCAGUAAACAGCAUGGUUUAAAGGAUAUAGAAACAAGGUACAGACUGAGGCACUUGGAUCUUCUAACAAAUGAACUUAGCAGGUAUCAAGUCCUCAAGAGAUUCCAAAUAAUUGCAAAGAUAAGGAGGUUUUUAUGUGAAAGGGGCUUUGUGGAAGUCGAUACUCCUAUUUUAAACCAUUACACAUCUGGAGACUUGGCAGAACCUUUUGAGACUUACUACAAAAGGCUAAACGAGAAGGUUAAGCUGAGAAUUGCACCCGAAUUCAGUAUUAAGAAAAUAUUCAUGGGUUUACCACUUACAAAGGUGUUUGAGAUCGGUAAGUGUUUUAGGAACGAGGGUUCUAGUUUGAGGCACUCUCCAGAAUUCACAAUGAUUGAAAUAUACCAGAAAAUGGCGGACUACAACACCAUGAUUAAGCUCUUGGAGGAUCUGAUUAACUCUUUGUUAUCAUAUGGAUUCAAUGACGAUGCUGUGUGUGAUAAUGUAUUUGAGGUUAAGUGGAGAAGAGCUAAAUUCUCUGACUUGAUUAAGGAAUACACUGGAGUAGACAUAACAUCUUACAACGAAGAUGAACUUUUGGAUAAAUUCAUGGAAAUGAUAUCUAAAACUGACUCUGCAAGAUCGGAACAAAUUGAGUCUUCAAUGGGGAGGGUUAAUUGGGGGUCAAUAGCGAAUGAAAUUUUCGAGAAAUUUGUUGUUCCAAACUUAACAUAUCCCGUUCACGUAACUCAUUUUCCAACUCAAGUAUCACCAUUAACAUAUUUUGAUGAGAAAUCCGCAAAUAAUGAUGGUUCUAAUGAGAAACUGUUCAGUAACAGGUUUGAGAGUUAUCUAGGUGGUAUGGAAAUAGCAAAUAGUUCCACUGAGCAGUGUAAUCCACUUAAAUUAUCAAAAUCGGUACUGGAUUCAGAGAUUUCUGAAGUGAAAGACAAUAAUCUAAAGGGAAAGGAAGUUGAUAAAGAAUUCUUGAACGCAGCAUUUUGUGGAAUGGAGCCCAUGGCUGGACUUGGAAUUGGUGUGGAUAGACUAAUCAUGUACAUUACUAAAGCCAAAAACAUCAAGGAAAUACAACCUCUAACUAGUUUAAAGAGGCUAUAA